ACGAAAACAUUUUUUUUAUUGCGCGUCCGUCGUCUCAUCUAACAUGUAGCACGUACCAAAUGCUGCUUGAACUGUGCGAUUUUACAUUUUCAUUACGAAAGACUUCUUCAGGAUGAGGCUAAUUUUAUUGGCGCUAUUCACGGUCAACCAUAUUGCCCAUUUGUUGGCUCAGGAAGAAAAAUGUAACCGAUCUAAUAUCAUUAAAUUCGACGAGUCAUGGAAAGUAUAUCAGAUGAGGAUAUUGACUGAUGUGAUGGUUUACGAAUGCUGCUAUUGCAAAAAAAAACAACAGUGCAGUAAUAGUGACAAAGAUUUAUUGGAAAAUUGCUUAAAGGACAUUGCAGCAGGAAAAUCAAAUUCCCAAUGUAAUAAAAGCUAUGGGAGACAAUUCACUAAUUACAAAGCAACUGCAGAUCUGCUGUCUGGCAAAAUUGUACUGAAUGAGUCCACAACUUGCAACUAUUUUAAUGAAUUUUGUUUCGAAAAUAACAAGAUGGCUGUUUGGAGCAAUGAAUCAAAACCUUUUAAAAAACUGAAAGAAACGUGUAAUUUUAAAAAAAUUUCUUUGACAACCGAUACAUAUGCCUUAACGAUGAGAAACCAGUAUUUAGUUUUCGAUGUGAUACAAGGUCUUUCUUUGGAGAUAAUUAACAAAUCACGUUUAUGCAACAAAACCAUUUUCUUAACCAAUAUAAAAGGAGUGGUACUGUCUAACGACACAAUAGAUGAAUGGGAUGAUAACUUCCCGGAAUUUAAUCAUAAUCUCACUUUCACCUCAAAAAAGGACCUAUUAGCUUCCCUAGGACCAAAAUGUUUAUAUGAUCACGCGACAUUAGGAGACUUGGAUUAUCAAAUUGACGAAAUUAAAAAGAUUACUUUCUACAUACUCAUUGCCAUUGUAUGUUUCAUCGCGCUGUACAUAAUAAUAACGUCGCUUAAACUGCUGAUAAAGUGUAUCGCAAAGAUCAAAGAGUCACGCGGCACUAGAUCAGAGACACUUAAGACAAAUUUAAAAUUUAAAAAGGUGAGCAAAAACGGCAAGCAUUGUCACGAGUAUCCCAGUGGUGCCGCGUACAACAUCAAUGACUUGUACGGCACACAGCAAUGAAAUUAACAGUUUUACAGGAACUCUUACAAUAAAAAAACACAAUAAAAUGUUCAUACAUUUUUCUAUAACUUCAUUUUUUG